AUGUGUGGUAUUAUUGCCUUGAUCCAGGCGAACCCGACCUCCUCCGCCGCCAUCGACCUCCAUGAAGCUCUAUACCUCCUGCAACAUCGAGGUCAAGAUGCUGCUGGUAUUGCAACAUGCGCGGCGGGCGGUCGCAUCUUCCAGCUCAAGGCGAACGGAAUGGCCGCAAAGGUCUUCUCAGAUGGCGGUAGGGUGGCAGAUCUCCCUGGAUACAUGGGUAUCGGCCACCUGAGGUAUCCCACUGCCGGUAGCAGUGCGAACGCCGAGGCCCAGCCUUUUUACGUCAAUAGCCCGUACGGUAUUUGCCUUGCUCACAACGGCAACCUGAUCAACGCCCCCGAGCUGAAGAGAUACCUCGAUUUCGAGGCUCACCGUCACAUCAACACCGACAGUGACAGCGAGUUGAUGCUGAAUGUCUUUGCUGACGAGUUGAGCGAAACCAAAAAGGCUCGUGUGAACCAGGAGGAUGUUUUUGCUGCUCUGAGCAGAAUGUACAACAGGUGUGAAGGUGGUUGGGCUUGUACCGCGAUGCUUGCAGGUGAGUUUCUUCAGCCUCUCACAGAUUCCAUUAGCUAA